AUAAACUCAAAAGUUCCGUCAACAAACACGUAGUACUCAAAGUAGUUAAGAGAAGAGAAGAAAACCAAACAAAAAAACAGGAAAGCUAGAACACAGAGAAGUAAAACACGCGGCAGAAUCAAAACAUCAACACUUGUUUAACGCUGUCACCGUUUUCUCUCCUCAAUUUUUGCCAUCUCAACUAAAAUCAGGUUCAGGUAUAAUAAUACUCAUCAGGCAAAUAACACAAAAAUGGGAGCAUUAUUCAGUUCAACCAACAAAAAUCUCAACGAAGCUGAUAUUAAAAUGGCGUUAGAAAAGGCUAAACACCUUGUUUCUUCUACCCCUGUCUUCGUCUUCAGUAAAACAUACUGUGGAUACUGUAAUAGAGUCAAACAGCUGCUCAAACAAGUUGGUGCAGCAUUUCAAGUCAUGGAACUGGACCAGGAAACGGAUGGUGAUGCAAUCCAAGCAGCACUACUGGAAUGGACAGGACAGAGAACUGUACCUAAUGUCUUUAUAGGCGGAAAGCACAUAGGCGGCUGUGAUGCGGUAAUGGCAAAACACAACCAAGGGCAGCUUGUGCCCAUGCUCGUUGAUGUUAAAGCAAUUACAGAGCAAACAGCUUAAGCAUUAGAAAUAAAUCCAUACAGGAGCUUGACAAGACAGAUUCGAAUCGUGUGAUGUAUAUUUAAGAUUUUUAAUAUGUACAACGCUGUAGUGAAAAUGUCUGAAAUCCCUCUUUAAAAACCUAAGAAUAAAAGGUGUGAAACUGUGAACAAUGUUUAGUA